AAGCUAAACACCGCAAAAUGCGAAGAGAUUUAAGCCUAUUUUUGUUACUCGCACACUUUAUCUUUUAUGUGGAAUCAACUCCCUAUUCUCGAAAUGAAACGGAGGCCCAUAUAAAGGCUCAAGAGUUAGGAGAGUCUUAUUCCGAUGCCAAAAUGUGUUACCACAAUGUAAAACCUUUGCUUCAGUUUGCCAGUGAUUGUGAUAACAAAAACAAAGAUUUAAAUCUUGCAAUUAACCAAAAAGAUCAUGAACUAAAGGAUCUGUUUAAAAAAGUAGAGAACCUAAAUUUAACCAUUUCACACCUAAAUAACGAUUUGCAGAAUUCUCAAUCAGCAUUAAAAGAGACAACAAAAACUAUAUUAAAUCUUAAGAGUGAAUCGGAAGAUUCUUUGACGAAUUUAAAACAAGAAUUAGAGAAGAGUAGGAAAGAUUUGCAGAGUGCUCUAAUACAACUUAAAAAUUUAACAAAAAUCAAUAAAAUACAAGAAGAGCAACUAAAUUCUAUGGAUGACACACAAGCGGAUAAAUUUGAAGUUUGUUCCAACGAGAAUUCAGUCAUUAAUGUGCCUGUUCGAUAUUCCUGGAAAGGAAUUUGUAAAUCAAAUAAUGCCGGAUCAGGAUGGAUUUUGAUUCAACGUCGUAUAAAUGAUGAAAUUGAUUUCAAUAGAAAUUGGCAAGAAUAUAAAUUUGGUUUCGGAAAUCUCAAUAGCAGUUUCUUUGUUGGAUUAGAGUUUCUGCAUUCAAUGACUAGCACCCAGACUUAUGAGUUAUAUAUAGAAAUAACUGAUAAAAAUAAUGUCACAACAUAUGCCAAAUAUGAUAAUUUCAUUGUGGGCAGUGAGGAAGAAGCCUAUCAACUGAAAUCACUUGGUAAUUAUACAGGAACAGCUGGAGAUUCACUGUCAUCUCUUGAGAAGAUGCAUUUUUCAACAAUUGAUCGAGAUAAUGAUCAAUCGCCAAAUGGAAAUUGUGCGCAACAAUUUAAAGGAGGUUGGUGGUUUCAAAAUUGUACCAAUAGUUGUUUAAACGGAAACUACAAUUUGGGUGCAGAAUAUUCACAGCAUUUCCGUAGACAUGGAAAUCAUUAUCACCACAAUGGUCGGCCAGGACAUAUUCAUCAUCGUCAUUAUGGACAUGGACAUCAUGGACAGCUUACAAAUCAUCGACUAAUAUGGGAUAAUCAAACAUUAUCCUUUGCUCAAAUGAUGAUAAGAAAAAAAAGUGGUGAACAAAUAAAGUUGUAAACUAAUUUUUAUGUUUCCUAAACAUAAAUAUAAUCUAGAGGAAUCGUUAUGACUCUUAAAAUCAGAAAUAGUUUUCGAAAAAGAUCAAAAAUAUUAUU